GCAGCACACAAACAACCUUACAACCUUUGUACACAGACACAACCAUUCAUCAACAUCAUCUCUUUAUACCACUUCUCCCAGCAAUUUCCAUUAAACCUUCUUCUCAUUCAUCUUCACCCAAAAAUAAAAAAAAGUUCAUCACAUAAAAUGGGUAAAGCAAGAUUCACCAUGCUCUUCCUUGCAACGGCAAUAGCUGCAGCUCUUAUACCCCUCCAAACCACUGCACUGACACCAUACACACGAAGCAUCUGGGACAUGAUCCUCCCACCCGAUGACCCAUUUCGAAUACUCGAACAAAACCCAUUAACCAGCUCAAAAGACAUGGAACCAUUGGCCCUCGCCCGAGCAGAUUGGAAAGAAACACCAACAUCACAUAUAAUAUCACUGGACGUUCCGGGAUGAAGAAAGAAGAUUUGAAGAUCGAGGUUGAUGAGAACAGGGUGUUGAGGGUGAGUGGAGAGAGAAAGGGGGAGGAGGAGGUUGAGGGUGAGAAGUGGCACAGGGUUGAGAGAACUGUUGGGAGGUUUUGGAGGCAAUUCAGGUUGCCUAGGAAUACAGAUUUGGAGAAUAUCAAGGCUCAUUUUGAGAAUGGUGUGCUGAGGAUUACUGUGCUCAAGUUAGCUGAGGAGAAGAAGAAGACAACUAAGGUGAUUAGCAUUGCUGAUGAAGGGAAUGGUGGUGAGGAUAUUAAGGCUACAAAGGCUGAGAUGUAGAAGAAACGGUUUAUCUUUGUGUUUUGAUCUUGCAAAUUAUAGCAAUGUGAUGUGGGUUUGUGUUAAU